UAUAAAUAUGAUACAAGAGGUUGAUGAACUCAUCCAAGCUUUGAUCAUAGAAAUGGCUUCCGCCAUGUUGCUAAAAAUUAGUCUUGCAUGCUUUGCUAUAGUAUUCCUGUCUUCGACCUCUGUGUAUGCUCAACUUAGUGCAAACUUUUAUGCCAAGUCUUGUCCUCAACUAUUGUCCACAGUCAAGGCGGCAGUGAAGAAAGCAGUGGCCAAUGAAAAACGAAUGGGUGCAUCGUUACUUCGCUUACAUUUUCAUGACUGUUUCGUCAAUGGCUGCGAUGGAUCUAUUCUGCUAGAUGACUCUUCAAGUUUAACUGGUGAGAAAACUGCAGUCCCAAAUCUUAAUUCGGUUAGAGGUUUCGACGUCAUAGACAACAUCAAAUCCCAGGUCGAAAAAGUUUGCAGUGGAGUAGUUUCAUGUGCCGAUAUUUUGACAAUAGCUGCUCGUGAUUCUGUUGUGGAAUUGGGAGGUCCUUCUUGGACAGUCCCAUUGGGAAGAAGGGAUUCCAGAACAGCGAGCAAACGUGGUGCAAAUAAUAACAUUCCACCACCGACUUCCAGUCUAAGUAACCUCAUCUCUAAAUUUCAGGCACAGGGACUUUCUACAAAAGAAAUGGUAGCACUUGCAGGAGGUCACACAAUCGGUCAGGCAAGAUGCACCAGUUUCAGAGCUCACAUCUACAAUGAUUCCAACAUAGUGAAGACAUAUGCUACUUCUUUGCAGGCAAAAUGUCCGAGAAGUGGUAGUGACAACAACCUCUCUCCUUUAGAUCUCCAAACUCCCACCGUCUUUGAAAACAACUACUACAAAAAUCUCCAAAACCAGAAAGGGCUCUUACACUCUGAUCAGCAGCUUUUCAAUGGAGGGUCUACAGAUUCUCAGGUUAAAACAUACAGUAGCAAUCAGAAUGCCUUCUUCAAUGAUUUCGCAGCCGCCAUGGUGAAGAUGGGGAACAUUAAGCCUCUGACUGGUAGCAGCGGAGAGAUCCGAAAGAAUUGUAGGAAGCCCAACUAAUAGUUUCUCAACUUUUCAUAUUCUAGCGUUCUAUAUUAUUAUAGAAUGAACAUCGAGUGUUUAGAGUAAUUUAUAUAAUUUGCCACUGCGAAAUCGUUUGAGCAGCUUACUGCAAAGAGGCUAAAUGAUCUGCAUAGGAUAAAAAUACCCAGAGCAAAUAAUAACAAUAUAGUUAUGUAAGAUGGAUUUAUUGUUCUGGUUGAAAAUAAGAAAUUAUAAUUAAGAUAUGAAAUUUCUACGUUUAUAAUGACUA